GUAGCAGCGACGGUACCUUCUUGCGCAUGUGGACUCCCAGAUCCGUGACCAAACGCGCUGCUGAUCGCAGUCGCAAGGUUCCAGCCGCCACCUUGCGCGGGCAACUCCUGAUCCCAUCCCGCAGCAGGACUUGCAUCCAUGGUAGGAGACGCGUGCGCAUCGGUACCACCGCCCUCGCCACUCCAAUGGUCGUCGCGUUGAGUAGUGUUGCCCCAGCCAUCACCAUCUUCUUCCGCCUGGUCAUCUUCAUCAUCGUGUCUCCAAGCGCCUGCAAUAUACCUGGGCUCUUCGUCUUCGUCUGAGGCAUACGAGGGUUGAGGAGACAUGAACAUGAUCGACGGGU